GAUGGAUCUGCAUCAGCUCUGAGUGCUGCUUGCAGCUUGGGGGGUUCACAGGAGCCCUGCACCUCAUCCCAUAACGCGGCGUGCUUCGAGUUCAUCUUAUCUUCACAAUGAGGGAAUCAGAUUCAAGCAUCUGAGACGAUUUUCCUCGCUUGAGUGACUAUCUGAUUCCGGUGCAUUGCCGUGCUGUGAUUGGCGGCUGUGUAGACGAAGGCGAUUGAAGAUCGUAGAUGACGACUGCCAAGAUUCGGGACCCCGCGACGUGUGCAGCGCUGGACGAGUUCCGCACGCACCAUGUGGACCUAGAGCUUGAAGUGCACAUGGUCGCUAAGCGCGUGUCAGGUGUAGCCACUUUGUCCGUCAAGAGACUCAGCGAGUCGGCGACGACGCUGUGUUUGGACGUGUUCCACUUGACCAUCCGCUCGGUAUGCGUCGCCCUGCCUGAAGAAGACACGAUCGCGGCCCAGUGGAGCAUCAAGCCCUUCACAGUCUUCGGAGAAAUACUGGAGGUCGAGAUCCCGGAAGAAUUGGUGCUUGCGAGUGCCUUUGAGCUGACGAUCCGCUACGAGACGGAUGUAGAGAGCCCGGGAGUCUGCUGGCUUGAGAAGGAGCAGACAGCGGGCAAGAAGCUACCGUUCAUGUACACCCAAGGUCAGGAAGUACUGAAUCGCAGCUUCUUCCCGUGCCAGGACUCUCCGUCCGUGCGCGUUACGUAUACCGCUUCGGUGAUCGUACCAAAGGAGCUGGUGUGUGUUAUGAGCGCCAAAUUGUGCGGCGCGGAGGACUAUGUGCCCGAAGAGGUGGAAAAGGAGGGGACUCCUACCAAAAAGAAGUUCACCUUUGAGAUGAAACAGUCGAUUCCGGUGUAUUUGGUGGCAAUGGCAGUAGGAGACUUGGUUGAAGCCGAAGUUGGUCCACGAUCGAGCAUCUGGACGGAACCGUGCAUGAUUGAAGCUGCUACGAAGGAGUUUGAUGGUGUGCUGGAAGAAUACUUGGCUAUCGGUGAACGCUUAUUCGGAGACUAUCUCUGGGAGCGCUACGACAUGCUGGUUAUGCCACCGUCGUUUCCGUACGGUGGAAUGGAGAAUCCACGGCUUACGUUCGUGUCUCCCUGCACGAUCGCUGGCGACAAAUCGCUCGUAUCAAUUGUGGCGCACGAGCUGUCCCACUCGUGGUUUGGCAAUUUGGUGACAAAUGCAACGUGGAGCGACUUCUUCCUCAAUGAAGGCUUCACGAUGUACGCGGAGCGACGCAUCACCGAGGAAUCACACGGCAGAGCUUUGAGCUGCCUCGAUGCCAAACUUGGCGAGGCUCUACUACGCGAGGAGAUAUCCUCUCUUGGAGAGCAAUCGCCUCUGACACGUUUGCGAGUUCCGCUUGACGAAGGAAUUGAUCCAGGCGACUGCUACAACCAGUGCGCGUACGAGAAGGGCUACGCGUUCGUAUGCUACCUGCGAAGUCUCGUAGGAUCUGAAGCGGUGUUCGAUGACUUCCUCAAACGUUACUGCGCUGAGUACCGCUUCCAGUCGAUUCCAGCGGAGAUCAUGAUCUCGUUUUUCCUGAAGAGUUUUCCUGAGCUAGCGAACGCCGCUGGGACGGAUCUCAAGAACGGCAUUUCGUUCGACAAAUGGCUUAAUGAGCCCGGUUACCCACCGUUCACUCCAGAUCUUUCGGACACCCAAGGAAUCAUGCAAAACUGUGAGUCCAUGGCUUUCCACUGGCGGUCAUCGUCCACCCCAGUGCAACCGAGUGUGCUGUAUUUGUCCGAAGAAGCCAAGCAAUGGGAGGCCCAACCAAUCCUCUAUUUCUUGGAUUGCUGUCUGGAGACAAAGUUCUCAGAUGCAGAUGUGGUCAUCACGCUGGGUGACACGCUUUCUCUUUGGGACUCACGCAACUCGGAGAUUCUGUUCCGGUGGGCGCUGGUUCUUAUCAAGAACGACGUCAUCGCUAAGUUGUCCGUUGUGCGCCGAUUCCUGGAAAUGCAAGGCAAGCAGAAGUGCCAACUCCCAAUCUACCGCUCACUCACUGCAAGCUCCAAUGACCAGGUGCGCAAGUUCGCAUCCGAAACCUACGCUGCCACGAAGAGCAUGCUGCAUGUCAUGGUGCGCGACCGCAUCGAACUAUUACUGGCUGCCAUGCAAAAGUAAAGUUGAUCGCGUGGCGCCCUUCAAGUUGCAUUAAUUGAUAUCCAUCGCAGAUACUUCCUGCCACACUCGCUUUAUGACAAAUUCUUGUAGCGAUAGUCUCAUCUAUUGCUCCUGGUCUUCAUGGCCGUCCGGACCCUCUCGAGCUCUUGAGAAAACUCCUUGACACUAAACAAUAAAAUUUCUUUAUAAGCA